AUGAGAAACUCAUAUUUGCUGUUGAUCAUUGCCAUUACCUUGGUAUAUGGCUUGGACGAGUCUCUGACCCUUAUGAGUUUAGAGCAGAUGAAUUCUUUAGACACAUCCUAAUUUGAUUGUUCACGUCCCUAGUCUGAAUUCAUUUAGAUGGAAAAUUCAUUGUCUUAAUGGUAAGACUUAUUGGAACAUAAAGAUUAUAUUGAUCAUGAUAUUAAAGUAUUACAAGGCAUUCAAGCAAAAGUCGGUCUUAAAGCAUCACAUAAAUAAGUGAUCAAAUCAUUAAGUCAACUAAAAUUACCUAAAACAUCUACCUAAAUAGGAUUAGCUGAAGUUGAAGCACUUAAACAAUAAUGUGGAUGUCUUAAGAAAUCUGAUGACAAUUGUGAUGCUCUAUUAAAAUUGCUCUCUUAUUUCAUCCUUUCCCUUAGGAAUGUUUAAUCUUAAUGCUAAUCACAUCCAAUUACUGUAAUUAAAAUUAAAGGAAAAAUCCAUGAUCUUUAAGUCAUAAGAGCUGGUUGUGGAGGCACCAUAGAUAUCAAGGGUGAUGAAGGUUGCGAUACAAAAUCAGAACCUUAAUAACCUGCUUCUGAUCCAGCCACAGAGCCUACCGAAGACCCUAAAACUGAUCCAACAGAAGAUCCUAAACCUGAGCCAACUUAAGAUGAUCCAGUUCCAGAUGACUAAAAAGAUGCAGAAGAACCUGCAGAAGAAACAACAGAAGAGUCAACAAUUGUUGAUACAGAAGAAACAGCUGUGACCCCAGAAGAAGGAUAAACAGAUGAAGAAGCUCCUGUAAUUUAAGAGGAAACAGCAGGACCAGAAGAAACAGCAGAACCAGCAGAACCAGAAGAAACAGCUGGUCCAGAAGAAACAGCGGAACCAGAAGAAACAGCGGAACCAGAAGAAACAGCAGGACCAGAAGAAACAGCGGAACCAGAAGAAACAGCAGAACCGGAAGAAACAGCUGGUCCAGAAGAAGGUGUUGCUGAUGUUGAAGAAACUGAACCUGGAGUUGAGGAAGAAUAAUAAGUAGGUACCGAGGAAGGUUAAGUCGAAGAGUAAGUUGGUACUCCAGAUGCAGAGGAAGCAGCAGAAGGUUAAGAUGCAGAAGAAGAAGUAGAUUAAUAAGAAGAAAUUAAUGAACCAGAAGAAGAGAUUGAUAUUUAAGUACCAGAAGAAGGAUCAGAAGAAGAUAUUAGAGAUAGUACAGAGGAAGGAUAAGAAGAAAGUACAGAGGAACCCGUAGCAUAAGGAGAGACAGGAGAAGAAGGAUAAGGUUAAAGUGCAGAAGAAGAAUAAGAUAUAAAUGCAGAAGAAGGAUAAGUUGAAGAAGCACCUGAAGAGACAGUAGCUUAGGCUGAAGAAGAAAUGUAAAUUGAUGAACCAGCUGAAGAAAUUGAUAUUGAAGUACCUGCAGAAGAAGAAGCAUGUGAAGAAGAAGAAGAAUGGGAAUAAGAAGAAGAAGAAGAAUAAGUUGGUGAAGGACUAACAGCAGAGGAAGGUGAAGAAUCAAGAGAAACACCAGAAGAAUAGUAAUAAGAUGGUGAAUAGGGAGAGGAAUAAUAAUCAGAAGCUGAAGAAAGUGCUGUUGGAGAACCUACUUAAUUUGAUGAAGAAUAAAAUGAAGAAGCAAGUGGUGAAGAAGCAGGUAGUGAUGAGGAAACAGUUAAUGAUGAAGAAACAGUUAAUGAUGAAGAAACAGUGGAUGAAGAAGAGAGUAAUACAGCUGAUGAACCAAUUCCAGAUGAUUAAUAAGAUGAAGAAUAAGAAGUAUUACCAGAAGGAUGUCGAUAAGUUCCAGAAGAUGUUUUAGAUAUAAGUUGGUUGAGUACAGAACCAAUAGCUGUAAGUGACUUACCAGUUACUGAAUCUUAAAUUAUUGGAUUAUCUUUCUAUUUCAGAUGGUUAUCUAAAUUCCCAGAUGCUGUUCCUGAAGGAUUGAAUCAAGAAACUAAAUUCUUUGUUGCUGGUUUAGGAAAUGCUUUGAAAUUCUAUGUUGGACAAGGAGGUUUUCAUUUCAGUUCAUUUGAUGAGAAUGGUGUUGAAACUUAUAAGAAUGCUGGACAUGGUGAUAUUGAAGGAUAAUGGGUACUUGUCUAUUUUGGUAUCUCUAAUUAAAGAGUUACAGGAUUUGCUUAAAUAUAAGGUUAGGAUGUUGAAACUAUUGAAUUUGAUGUCAAUUUUACUUUAGAUGAAUCUUAUCAAUUAGUGAUUGGAGGACCAGAUGGUGAUGUUAAAUCAUUUAAUGGUUAAAUUGCUAGAGUAUUUGCAUUUAAUGAUGAAUUAUAUACAGAAGCUAAUGAAUUUAAUUAAUUCAUUACUAAUUGUUAUGGAAUUCCUAAAAAUAUCUAUAGUGGUAAGAGAUUGACCAUACCAAUUGAAAAGGAGAGAACAUUUGUAUCUCCAGCUGCCUUUGAUUAUGAUAGUGUCUUUGAAAAUAAGAAACCAAUGUUACCAGAUGAAUAUUCUGCAAGCGGUUGGUUCAAAUGGGAAACACCAAAUGAUUAAAAUAUCUGGCAUUCAGGUUUCAGAUGGACCACUAAUAACCAAGAAACUAACCAAAACUUUAGACUCCUUGGAGAUAGAGGACUUUCCUUCUUCGUUGGUGAUGAAGAUAAUCUCCAAGGACAUGUUGCCUUCUGUACAUAUUCAUAUAAAACUGCCAAUGGGUAUUUAUUUAAUUAAUUAUAUUUAGCAAAUCUAAAGUCAAUGAUUGCAAAAUGGUUAAGUAUGGCAACAAAUUGACAGAAUGGUUCUAUGUUUACUUUGGAUACAGUAGACAUUUGAAUAAAGCUUAUGGAUACAUGGAGUUUACACACGAAAUGGCUCAAAUGGAAUUCAAGGAUGUUAGACAUUAUUAUGCUGGCAAAAUUUAUUUCUACCUUGGAUAAGACAAAUUCUAUCCACCUUUCAAUGGCAAAGUUCAAGGAUUCAUGUUGAACUUCUUCGACGGGUCAUAUAGAACAUCCCAAUAUGAUUACAGUAUUAUUCUAUAUAUUAUUCAAAAUAGCCUUUGGGUACUUCCCCAGACCUGUUUAUGAAUACGAUGACUCUAAGGAAUUGAUUCCAUCUGAACCUAUUCAAAAAAAGAAGUAUUAAUGAUUUCUAUUCGAGGUGUCCUAAAGUCGUUGAAAUCACUGUUGAAAAUGCAUCUGAUGUUUUAUGUGCCUUGAGUAGUUAUUUGUCUGCUGUUGCACAAGGACAUGAUCCUGCCUCCGAUUCUAAGGCUGAAACCUUCUGUUUCUGCUUAGUCUAUGAGGAAGGUAUAUUUUAUUUAUUUUUAUUUAGAAAAUGCAACCCCUGAUUUGCUCAUGUUGGCAUAAUUAUUUGGUGGAAAGCCUAAAUAAAAAUAAUCUAAUGUUAAUUCCUCUAUUAAGAAACUCAUUGCCAAAUAGAAUGCACUUUAAAAGUGAUUGUUAGAACAUUCAACAUUAUUUUAUUAAUUAAUAUACUCCCAU